AUGCUUUACUCUGAAGACAGUACUGACAAUGAGCAAGAAGAUUUGCCUUAUGAUGGAGAUCUACAAGACAGAGAUCAAUACAGUUGUGAUUCACAGAAUUUGGAAGAAUUUAUUUCUAUAGAACAUGUCUCCCCAAGUGUUUCCACACUGACACCUUCUCUUCUGAGCAGUCAUAUAAAAGAAAAUUCAGACUGCAAAAUCCAGCUGUCUCAAAGGAAAAUAAAUAUGGCACUGUUGACCAAAAAAAAUGACAUAGAAUUUACCAUGGCAACAGAAAAGGAAAUACAAGUUGGGGGGUUUAACAGUUCAGAAAGAAAUGAGGAGUUUUCCAGCUCAAAAAUGUCAGAUGUCCUUUUACGUCAUUUUCCAAAAGAAGACUUAACAUGCCAAUUAAUUGAUUCUGAAACUAUCCCAGAGAUAUCAUUUACUGACAGUUUUGAUGAAACAGUGCUAAAUAAAACUAAGAUUUCAGAAAAUACAGGGAUAUUUUCCCCAAAAGAAGAAAUAAAGAAUAUUGAAAGAAAAGUAAAUUGUAACUCAGUUGUCAAAAAUUGGGAUUUGAUCCAAGAUAAGCCAUCUUUAAUGGCCAAAAGUGAUGAUAAUCUUGUUUGUAAUAGCAAAUACUGCAAAGUGAAUAAUUCACAGUUUGUAAUUCAGAAAGAACCUGCAAUUAAUGAAGACUUAAAUUAUAUCUCAACCCCCAAAGAAGAGUAUCAAAACCAACAAUAUUUCCUGGAAAACACUGAAUAUUUUCAUAAUCCCAAAUACAGUGAGCAUCAGAUUUAUUAUGGGUUUUAUGAUUCCUCUGAGAUUGCCCCGGAAGUAAAAGAAUUAAAAGGAAAUAACGAAAGCUUUGUAUUGAAAAGAACUAAAUCUUCCCCAAAUUUGCUUUAUAAAGAUGUUCUAGAAGCAAUUACAUUUUUGGAAUCUGAUACAAUCAAAAAUCAAGAAGAAGAAAAGGGAACAUUUGAACUCAAUCAACAGCUAGAGAUGCUGACAAGACAAGCUGAAGUUCAAAAUCAUAUUGAUCAUCUAAGGUUUCAUCCUAAGAUACCUCCUUGCUCAAAUUCACGUACGUCAGAACAAGCACAAAAUACUGGAAUAGCUUCCAAAAUGUCAGUAUUUUCACCUGUAACCAUUCCUGUGGAGCACAUGCUUGAUUUCUCCCAAUCCCUUCAUUCAGAAUCACAGUCUCAAAAAAUAACUUCAUCCUUAGUGUCAGCUGAUGCAGUAAGACAAUCAUCUAUGAACCCUCCUUUUCUGCAAAAUAUAACAGAUGAUAAGGAACAGAUAUUAAAGAAACAGACUGAAGAGCUGAAAGCAAAUGUUGAUAUAUUUUCUGAGUGUAUUAAACAGGAUGUAUUCUCAGUAGAAGAACACCAUCAGUUUUUGCAACUUUUAAAAGAACAACUGGAGCAACUGGAACAGAAUUAUAUAGCUACCAAGGAAAAGCAUUAUGCUUUGCAAGUUCAAAACCAUAAGCAAUCAUCAAGAAAUAUUGGAGAAUUUGAUCCUAACAGAAAAGUAGAAGGGGAAAUAUUUAAACUUGGGAUGCUCCUUGAAGAUAUCAAAGAGAAAAUUGAGAAGAGAUUCAGUCCAUAUUCUUCAACAGAUAUAACAUCAACAUCACUCAAAUCCCAUCAGUCUCCCGCUUGUUCAAGCUAUUCUGAGAGUCCCUUGAUUACAAGCAUCAGUGAAUCACCAAAAAGGAAUGUUGCAGGAGUAAAUAUUCCCCAAAAUGAGAACUAUUGGAAGAAUAGAAGUUAUCCUAUAGAAGUAACUCCACAGAAGGCCUAUAAAAAAUCUAUACAAGAUGACAGCAACCAUCACUUCCAGCAAAAUCAUGUAGGACUGCAAAAGAAAAGUAUCUGUGAAAAAACAGUGGCAUCUGUGGACAAAGCAGGAGAGCUAACAAAUAAGCAAUCUAUCCAUACUGAAGAAUUUGACCACCACCACAGACCCCUUAAAACAAAUCAGAAUUAUAACAACGAACAAGAAAAUACAGAUGGGAAUUUAAAUGAUUGGAAAAUAAGAUCUUCAGCUUUAGCAAAUUCCAUCAGUCAAAAAUCUGAUGUGGCUGAUUUCACUGUACUGAAGGAACAAGGAAGGUUAGCUUAUUCAUCAGAUAACUAUUUCCUGGAGAGAGUGAGACAUUCUACUGAUGAGCAUAAUAUUAUUAUACAUCCCAGACGGAAAAUACAGUUAUCAAGAAAUCAAAUAUGCUCCUGUUCUUCUAAUAGAAAUAAAAAAAUGGAAUACAGAAAAGCAAACAGAGGAAAUUCUGACUAUGAAAGAUUUUCAGUCUUCUUUGAAGGAAAACCAGUGGAUUUAGAUGUAACAGACACUUCAUUCUGUGACCUACAAGAUAAUUCAUAUAGUAAAGUUGACCUGAAACAUCAAAUUAGAAGUCAUGGAUCAUGGACAGUGGGUCCCAAAGAACUAAAUAAAGGUUCUUCACAACAGAAUAGCAUUGCCCAUCAAAGGAUUUGUAAAGAUAAACAGAGAGAAUUUUUUAUAGACAGAUUAUGUGACAGACAGAAUCUAGAUAUUCCCCAAACCCGCUAUUCAAAGAUGCAUGACACCAUUAUCCUUUCACCACAGUACCUCUCUGGUAGGAAUAUCAAUGGAAGGCAGACAAUCAGUAAUCGGAGAAAAAGGCAAAGUGAAGACACAAAUACCAUGAUAUUAAACUCCUCUUUGGAUCAUGUUAUACAGACGGCAAACAAUUUGAAGAAAACAACAGAACACAUGAUGCAAGCUGUCUCAGAAGAUUUAGCCAAGGUUAAAAUUCAGACAUUAUCCAGUGGCACAGCUCAUCAGUACUGACAGUGUAUUUUAAAGACUAAUAAAUGAUAUCUAGAAGAAGGAAGAGUUCCAUGUGUAAAAAAUUAAAAUACACCACUGUAAA